CGUCUCUGUGUUCGUUUGUUUGUGCUAUAACUGCUACCCCCGCCCACUGCGAUCAUCCGCCUUACCCCCGCCCCGUUCCCCCCGAGUAACCGACCGCCGCGAACAAAGAGUGGAAAAUUUCCGUGCCAGCUGAAAAGGAAAACCUUUAGCCAUCUUUCUUGGGCCCCGUAACGCUGCGGCCCCCUGUAAACACCGGAUCCGUUGUAUCCCCCAUCUGGAUGGGUGUGAGGCGUAGUAUGCCAGUGAACUGUGCCAACAAGGACUGCCUGGGUCUCCGUAAGCGUGUCUGUGGUCUGCAUCAAACCUGGAAGUGGCUGCAUCAGACGCCCGCCCUGCACGAAUAUCUCAUCUCUGCCAGCUCCGUGGCUGCAAACACAUCCCGAGGCACCAAGACCGCCACAGUCUAAAGUCCAGAGCGACCAAAGCCAUUUAAAGACCAAAA